UUUCCUCGGAGGAAAUUGCUUAUCGCGCGCAUGUGCGUGGAACCAGAAAACCUUUGAGUUUCCCAGCUGAAGAAGGAUUCAUUUAAGUUCUGCCUGGGAAAGCGUACAGAACAUGGAGGAGGAGCUGAGAGCAUUCUUCGAGGAUUGUCGAAGGCAGGAAUUUACCGGAAAGGAAAUGCUGGCCAUUUGUCAACCUUUGAUUUGGCGCAUACGCCUGGCUAGAGUCAAGAAAUGGUGUCUCAUCCUGCUGCCCCUGGUGGUGAUUUACUUGCUGUGGUUGUGUAGCGACACCUUUGCUUGGUGGUCGAGUGCCGUGGGCCGUUUGCUGCUCAUCCAGAUCCUUCCGCUCUGGGAUUGGACACACUACUACAAUGCCAAGUGCUUGAUUCCACGUGGUCAGAGUGUCCAGGAGCAGCCAACUCCACUGGGAAGGUACGAGACCCUGUGGCAAAACUGUGCUCUUUGUGAAACACUGGAGGGCAUAGCCACUGCAUCGAAUGUGAGCUACUCCACGUUGGAAUCUGAGUACCUGGAACGUGGACUACCUGUUAUUGUAACCGAUGCUGGCUUGGAAAUGGAUAUCGUUAAUCUUCUGGAGCUUAUAGAGAAGAAGUCGCCGCAGUGGUUGUCCAGUGAACCCUGUGAUGUGUCCAGCAAUCUCCUGCUGAGGCAACUGUUCAACCUAGAGGCUGCUCUGGACAAGAUCCACUCCUGGCAGGGACAGUCAUCAAAUAGUUGGCACCUUCAGCUAAGAAACUGCCAGAAGAAGGCGGUAAAGGCCUCUCGAUUGUUCCUGGAACGUCCCUACUACUAUCCUCUCCACCUGGCGCCGUAUUAUUCCAGCUGGUUACUGGCAGUCCAUCAGCAGAAGCGAGAGCAGACGGAGAUCUAUGUGCGUGGUUUGGUUCUUGUCCAGCAGCUUAGUGGACACUUCGAAGUGAUUCUUCAUCCCAAGAAUCCCUGCGACAAGGGAUUGUGUCCCAGCUUGAGAAUGCGCCUGAAUGCUGGAGAGGCUCUGGUCUUCUCCACGGAUAUCUGGAGCCUCAGCUAUGGCCUGGAGAAGCCACACUCGAAGCAGAGCUCCCUGGCCAGCAUUUUCGAGAUUGACUGGCAGACGUAAACCAUCCACUCUUAGUUGGCCGAAAUUGUAUUUACACACACAACUAGAUACACAUAAAUAGAAGCCUAAAGUUAUCGAGU